AUGGCGCCGCCGUCGCAACUGGUGCUUGCGGCCUCCUCCACCGACGCCGGCGUGGCCGCGUGGGACCUCCGCACGGGGGCCGAGGCCAUCCGCCACCGCCCCUGCGCCUCCCGGCCACGUGCCAUCGCUGCCGUCGCCGGCCGCUUCCUCGCCGCCGCCCAAGUCGCCGCCGGCAACUCCGCCCCCAUCCACUACUACCACUGGGACAAGCCUCAGGUGGCUGUGAAGAGCUUCCCCGCCGAGCCAAUCCGCGCGCUCAUUGCUGAUCCAGAGGGGAACUAUCUCAUCGGCGGCGGUGUGUCCGGUGACAUAUUCUUUUGGGAGGUGGCUAGUGGAGAGCUGCUUGUCCGAUGGCAUGCUCACUAUCGUGAUGUUAGGUGCCUAGCCCUGUAUGACAUGUUGCUUGUCUCGGCGUCCGAGGAUGGGAGCAUCAAAGUUUGGGAUCUGCUCACGAUGCUUGAUGAGCAAUCAAGGUUUGAGGCAAAGACACCAUACCUAUACAACUUUAAUCAGCACACACUUCCUGUAACUGAUAUUGCUUGUUUUCAUGGAGCAAUUGCUUUGUCAUCUUCAGAGGAUCGUACAUGUAAAAUAUGGAGUCUAUCAGAGGGCAGAAUGCUGAGAAGUAUUUCAUUUCCUGCUAUCAUUGAUUCUGUCGAAAUAGACCCAAGAAGUCAUAUUUUCUAUGCUGGUGGUAGAGAUGGAAAGAUAUAUGUUACUGCUAUGGGUGUUGAUGUCUCCUCUCAGGGCCGUGAUGAUUUGUCUAUUCUUGGUAUUCUGGAUGACCACAGCAAGGCGGUAACGAGCUUAACAUCAAGUACAGAUGGCCUUCUACUAGUCUCUGGUUCGGAGGAUGGUAAUGUUCGGGUUUGGGAUACCAGAAGUCAGCAAGUAACCCGGAAAUUCAAACACUCCCAAGGUCCAGUAACUAAUGUUCUCAUAGUAACACCCAAAAGAUUAAAUCUGCCACCUUUACAACCAUUGCGUAAAGUGUGUGCAGCGAGUGGCGAAGUUGAACCACGGGCUGUAAUUCUGCCCAACCCUGAAAAUGAUGUUCAUAUUGCUGGAAAUCUCAGCUCUAACCUUCUAGAGCAGCUCUUGGAUGCACAGCAGCAGCAUGGCAAUUCUAGGUUAUUUGAUUCUGGGGUGAGCACUCUGAAUGGCGUACCAAACCAACAGGGUACAGAAUGGAGAAGUAAAUACCUAGAGUUGCAGGAUCUCUUUGUGCAUGAGGUUCUUGGUGAUAUGCCAUCUUAA